AUGGGGGUAAGGGGGGCCCCCAGACACCAGGAAGGGUACACCUGCAGCGGAGAGAGGGGCCCCCAGGGGGCCCCUACAAGCACGCAUAUAGCUGCGCAGCGCAUCGCGCAGCAUUAUUUAAAGAGGAUUGCAUAUUUACCUCCUAUGUUUGCUGCUGAUGGUGCUGCUGCUGCUGAUGCUGCAGGAGCAGAAGGAGCAGCAGGAAAGAUGCUUCCUGCUGCUGCUGCUGCUGCAGCAUGUGGGGUCCCCUCGCAGCUAAUGCAAACAGCUAAUAAUUUUUGUACUUAUCAAACAUUUGCGGAGACAAUACCUAAAAACGAAGAGUCUCCUUUGCUUAAGAAGGCCCCCCCUCCACCCGACUGGCUUAUUCUUCAAGAAGGAAAGCUUCUGAAGCGGUUUAUCGCUAUGGGAGAGGGCGAGGAGACCCCCAGCAUUAGCUGCAACUGCACUUUGCUUUUUUCUGUCUUUUCUUCUUCUGGUUUGAAACUUCUUACAAAUAAAUCUAUGGGCGUGGAGUACCUUGAAAUGCCGAUCAAGAACGCCGCUCCUGGGGUUCGUGAGGCCUUGCUAACAAUGCGACUAAAUGAAAGAGCAGCAUUUCUGCUGUCUCCUUCUUUAUUUUACCCUGAUAAUACUUCUCCUUUGCUGCUUCCUAUUAAAGAGACAGCAGCAGCAAAAGAAGCAGAGACAGCAGCAGAAUCAAAGGGGCCCCUUAGGGGCCCCCUUAACCCACGCGGCCGCCUUCCCUUAGAGCACCAAGAAAAAAUCAAGCUGCUGCAGCAGAAAAUGCUGCUGCUGCAGCAGCAGCAGCAACAGCAACAGCAGCAGCAACUGGAGCAGUACGACGACGCCAGCGUUCUUCAACUCACGGGGAAGGAAUGGCUUAUGUAA